ACUUUGGUUGCAAUAUGCAUUAUGGAUGUUUUUUGGGUUGACAGUCUGUCUAACUCUUCUGCAUUUUUUAUUAUUCAGAUGUUGAGUUGUAAAUAAAGUAAUUCUGGGUGGUUUAAACAGUAAAUAACCUUGUAACAUUGAGGAAAAAAAUCACAACAGCAUCAAAAGCGAUUGUUUUAUUCAUUGUUUGAAUGAUUAAUCAUUUACAAAUUCUUGAUCAACUAUUGAGACUGAUGACUUACUACUGUGACACAUGAAGGACUUUAUCUCGUUGGAAGGGCUGGACAGUUACGUCAGCCUGUGUGAAUAGAGAAAUGACCUUUGAACCACUGAAAUCUAUUGCUUGCAUACAAACUACUGAUAAUAGUAAAACACGAGAGAGGUUCUCUAACUAACUGCACUGCAAAAACUAGCAAAAAGGUCACAGUGAGAUGUUUUCCUUCAUUUCCUGGUUCAUACCAAGUGUACCCACUUGGCUAACACUUGAAACAAGUCCACUAGACUGUGCUUUACAAGGACUUGUAGGGGCGUGUGGGAUCUCAAUACUCUGUAAUCUGUUAAGGGUUUAUUUGUUUGUUGAAGCACAGAGCUAUGCAGAUGGUAAGGAUGGUCCUAGUAAUAAGAGGAGUCAUAGUGGUGGUCUAAUACAUAGAAUACAGUUCUGGAUCCUAACACUGAUCAUUGGCCUGGUGGGAUCUCGGGUUGCUUCCCUGGUGGUUCUUGAGUUCUGUCUUCGAGCAAUCUCUACACGACUCACAGCUGCACAAGACCCACUGACUGACUCUGUGCUGCAGUUGCUGGUCCAGUGCCAGUUCUCUUUAGGCUGUGCAUUCAACUGUAGCCUUCAGUUCCUCCAUGAGGGGGCGCCACAGGCCUGGCUGAGCCUCCUCCUCGCUGCAGGACUGAGCUGGUUCUUGGCUAGCCAGUGUUCCAGACUGCGCCGCCAUGUAAUGUCAAUGUACCCAAUACACAGCACCCAGCGCUACUGUGGGGUCUGCAUUGGGCUCCUGACCUCUGGGCCCUCCAUACUGACCUUCCUCUGCAGUGCCCUGAUCAUAACCUUUAGUGUGGCCAGCAUUGCAGCUGUAUCAAGCAUCAACCGCCACUUUCUGUCAACGUCUGAGGCUUUGAGGUUUUGGACACCUCUUACAAUCUGCUACACUCUUCUUAUUAUCUAUAUGCAAGAAGAGCAGCGACGGCAGCCUAGUGGACAGGCCCUUUUAAACACAGUGGUGGUGCGACUGGGCGGGCUACUAGUUUUAAUGCUCACUGUAGGAAGGUGGGCAGAUGUUCUCCACAUCCUAUUGUGCUUUACUGGGGAAGCUGCUUGUCUGUUGCCAGCUCAGGACCUACUGGAAAGUGCUUAUAAGGGUGCAGCAGAUGUUCCCAGACAUGUGACGAGAAAUGAACCCCAGAGAAGACAAAAGAAACUGGAGAAGCAUGACUGAGCUUUCGAAAGCUGCCUGUGUAAAAUGGACCUCACGUGAAAAGCGGACAGAAGAAAAGUGGUUUGGAAACAAGCCAGUGUUUUAGGAAAACAAGGAACUUCUAAAAUGUCUAAUGCUUGUGUCUGCAGUUGAAGUUAACAGCAGCAGUAGGGCUGGGUGAUAUGACUGAAAACUCAGAUAUAUGAAAUAUAUGACAAAUGCAUAUAAAACUGUUAAAAUACUGUACAAUAUAUAAUGAAAACUUAAGUAUAAUGUUAAAGUAUCAGUAUUUAUUUGUAACACCAAAAUACAAUGUGCUGUUUAUUUAACAAAAUCUAUCAAAGAUUGCAUAUAUUAUCAGAAUUGCAUCUCCAAACAAAUGACCCAAGCACAUUUAUUUUUUUGGAACUAGUAACCUUUAAAUCCGUUUGCGAUAUUACAAUAUUACAAUAGACUGCAAAGCCCUAAGCAUAAGCAGUACAGAAACAAAGUAAUACUUCCUCAUUACUUUGUGUAGGGCUGAUUUUGGCUUACGUACAGUACUACCCAAAAGUUUUUUUCUUUUUAGGAUUCUUUACAAUGUAUAUUUAAUAUUGAAGACUGUAUUAAAGCUAUAAAGGAACAUAUGUAGAGCUAUUUUGUAAACAAAAAGUGUUAAACAAACCAGAAUAUGUUUUAUAUUUUAGAUUCUUUUAAGUACCACAUUUAGCUUUGAGGACAGAUCUGCACACUCUUGGUAUUUUCUCAGUGGCUUCAUGAGGUAGAGUCACUUGGAUUAGUUUUCUCACCAUCUUAAAUAGUUUAACAAAAGUUGGAGCUUAACAAAAUUUAUUUUAUUUCAUGCUGUGAAGCUCCAGCUCAUCCCAAAUCAGUCAUCUCAGUUGAUCAGGUUAGGGUCAGGGGAUUGUGGAGUGUAAACAUUUUUUUGUUUUGUUUACUAUGUAAUUCCAUACAUGUUUCUUAAUUGAUUUGAUGUCUUUAAUAUUAAUAUAAAGUAAGUAAAUUAAAGAAAGAAAAAAAUAAUGAGAAGGUGUGUCCAAACUUAAGACUGGUACUGUUUCUAAACUUGAUUUUUUUUAAUUUAAAAAUCUCAGCUCCAGACAACAAUUGAGAGUUUGCUUUAGGUCUUCUGGGCAGCAGAAAACAUACUAGUGCAGAAUAUUAUACAUUACCACUUGGUACUUAUGGCAGUGUGGGCAAUGUGCCAAGUCCUGCUGGAAAAUGAAAUUUUCCUGGAAAACACUGCACUGACUUUGGACUUGAUAUAACACAGUGGAUCAAGACCAGCAGACAUGUCUCUCCAAACCAUCACUGACCAUCAGUACAUUUUGCAUUUAAUUUGAAAAUCAAGGGACCAGAGUCUGGAGGAAACGUGGAGAGACACACAGUUCAAACUGCUUGAGGUCUAGUGUGAAGUUUCCACAAUCAGUGAUGGUUUGGAGAGAUAUGUAAUCUUUCAUAGAGAUGCGGAUUUCAUUUUCCAGCAGUUCUUGGCACACUGCCCACACUGCCAAAAGUAUAAAUUUUUCAAGUCUUAUAUAAUAUUCAAAUUUUGUGACACUAACUUUUAGGUUUCCAUUGUUUGUAAGCCAUUCACGAGUUUUACAUUUUGAACUGAAUUACUGAAAUAAAGUGUCUUUGUGUU